GGGAGAUCGGAUAUAGUGAAUGCAGGGUCCGGGGAGACCGGAUAUAGUGAAUGCAGGGUCCGGGGAGACCGGAUAUAGUGAAUGCAGGGUCCGGGGAGACCGGAUAUAGUGAAUGCAGGGUCCGGAGAGACAAGAUAAAGUGAAUGCAGGGUCCGGAGAGACCGGAUAUAGUGAAUGCAGGGUCCGGGGAGAGCGGAUAUAGUGAAUGCAGGGUCCGGGGAGAGCGGAUAUAGUGAAUGCAGGGGUCCGGGGAGAGCGGAUAUAGUGAAUGUAGGGUCCGGGGAGAGCGGAUAUAGUGAAUUCAGGGUCCGGGGA